GGCGGGGGGGGGAGGGACGGCGAGACGGAUCGUUUCCGGGUUGAGAGAGUCGCGGUCGCCGCCGACGCUUGUGUCCGUCCCGCUCUGAGGCCGCCGCGAUGAAUCGAUUGUUCGGGAAAUCGAAGCCUAAAGUGCCGCCGCCGAACCUCACCGAUUGUAUCGGGACGGUGGAUAGCAGAGCUGAGUCAAUUGACAAGAAAAUUAGUAGGCUCGAUGCAGAACUGGUGAAGUAUAAAGAUCAGAUGAAGAAAAUGAGGGAGGGGCCUGCAAAGAAUAUGGUAAAACAGAAGGCUUUGAGAGUAUUAAAGCAGAAGCGAAUGUAUGAACAACAGCGGGAUAAUCUGUCACAGCAGUCUUUUAAUAUGGAACAAGCCAAUUACACCAUCCAGUCACUGAAGGACACAAAGACAACGGUUGAUGCAAUGAAACUGGGGGUGAAAGAAAUGAAGAAGGCUUACAAGCAAGUCAAAAUUGACCAUAUUGAGGACAUACAAGACCAAUUGGAGGAUAUGAUGGAAGAAGCCAGUGAAAUCCAGGAUGCACUGGGUCGUAGUUAUGGAACACCAGAGAUUGAUGAAGAUGAUCUGGAAGCAGAACUGGAUGCCUUAGGUGAUGAGCUUUUAGUUGAUGAGGACAGUUCCUAUUUAGAUGAAGCUGCAUCUGCUCCAGCAAUUCCAGAAGGCACUCCUACUGACGCAAAAAACAAGGAUGGUGUAUUGGUGGAUGAAUUUGGACUGCCACAGAUCCCUGCUACAUAAACAUGCAUUUUUAGAGUACAUUGGAAAUGGCAAGUUACUUCUUACAAAUCAAAUUAGCAAAACAUUUUUUGAAAUCCUGGAAAACUUGCCUUUUCAGUAAAACCUUAAUAUCACUACAUCUUAAAAUGCAAUAUGAAUGGCUGGUUGUGUUUCCUUUCUUGGAAGAAAGUUGAUAUACUACUGACUUGUCUAUUAGAGGAGAAAAAUUGGCACAAUUUCCUUCAGUGGAUGCAUUCAGUCUACUACAUUUUGAUUAUCCAGUGUUUUAUGGAAGAAGUAGUAUAUGAAAAAUAGUGGUGGCUGUUAAUAGUUGAGCUUUAUCUUGAUUUGUAAUAUAUUUCUGUUUUCUGAAACAAACUAAGACUGUGGCUGCUUACCUUCUGUAAGAUAGCUUUCUUAUUACUUACUGUACUGAUUUAAUAACAUGGAUGCAUUUUUAAGAAUACUUCAGUUCUGAGACUUGAUAUGUAUUUGUAACUCUUAAUUACAGCUGUAACAAAUAAAUAUAUACAAAGGUUAUCUUUAACCUUAUGUAUUCCAUUUUGACAUAAAAGUUUAUACCAUAGAGUAGUUUAUCCUCUUGCGUGGUGUUUUUGGUAGCAGUUUUAACCUGUCCCUUGUUUUCAUCAGUGUCAUUCAGCAUUUGAGCAUGGGCCUUCCCUUAACAUGCUUGGUCUAAAGCUGGAGGUUGGUCAUGAUCCUCAAAUUUCUCCACUCUUUCAUAUAUCUUACUUUUAGAAUUCCAAAAUAACAUUUCUGUAAGACCAUUGCGACUGCUGUGCUUCUCUUCUUGUCAUGAGUUGGGGCAUUACAGCUUUCUCUGACCACUAUUGCUCUGUAGAUUGUCUACCAAAAAGUGGGUAUAGAACAAAUGACCCUCUCACUUUCUUUGGAUCCAUUGGCCAGAAGAGAGAGGACUCUCAAACUCAAAUCUCUUCUAGUGAAGAUUGUAUUGCCAAGCCUUGUAGCAGACUCCUUCAGAAGUCUAUGGCCCAGAUAGUUUUCCAUUUUUAUCAGGAAUGAAAUAUACAAAUGUUUGUUGUACAGAAACUGAAACUUAUUUAUGCUUAAUAAAGAUAUUUUUCCAACAUAC